AUGGCGGCGAAGGGGGAGGGUUUGAACGUUGCACGUGCGGUUACGGAGGGGGGAGCGGAAGGGCGGGCGGAAGGGGGGGCGGAAGGGGGGGCGGAAGGGGGGCCGAAAGGGGAGCGCGUUAAUGAGGCGGGUGCCCAGCGGGAGGGGAAUGGCGGAGGCGGAGCGCCGGGGGGAGGGGGGAGUAGUGGGGAUGCGCGCAGCGGAGAAGGAGGAGAGGUAGUGGGGGAAAUUGAGCGGCGGCGGGUUGAGGGUUUGGGGGGUGAGGGGAAGAAGGAAGAGGAGGUAUUGGCGGAGGAGAGAAGGCGGAUUUUGUUCCGCAAAGGGGGAAAGGCGGAAGCAUUUGCGCGGACAGGGGGAGGAGCUGGGGAGGAUGCGGGGAACGGAAAAGGAGGGGAUCAGGUGGGGGAGGGCGGAUCUGGGGAAGCGGGAAGAUUAAGCGGAGGUGGGGGUAAUGCUGUGGGGGCAGCGCUACUGGGGGUAUUGGAGGGGGGAAAAGGCAAGGGGAAGGGGGGAAACGGGAGAGGGGAGGGGGAUGUGGAGGAGGAAGAAGAGGAGGAAGGGAUGGGGAGGCAGCAGCUGGAGGAACUGUACCGGCACCUGAGACAGCCCAGGGUGGUUCUCAGAAAAGAAGCAUCCAUCGCGCAGGGGAUAGCAAACGGGUGCUUUGAGGCAAGGCAGAGCAGGGAGCAUCACCACUCUGAGGCGAGGCAGAAAAUCUCCAGCCCGGAGCAUGAGGAUGCUGACAGGGAGCAUCACCACCACCCCACCACCCACAACCCCUCUCUCUGCGCGACAGCCACCCCCUCAGUGUGUGUGGCAGAGGUGCUGUUGCAGCGCGGCAAGUGGUGGGGCAGCACGGGCAUUGUCCGGCAGCAACGGCUCUUCUUGCAUGCUGAAGAGGCAGUGUAA